GUUUCCUUUUCUCUUGCGGUAUUCUCUAGGUAGGCUAUGGCCAUGCCCUCCAUUUCCAACAGUGAGGUGGUGAUUGCUGGAGCUUGCCUGUAAAAUCACCUAGUCAGACGAGUUUAGCAAGUUUUAGCAAAGGGGGCCAUUUCUCAGGUGAAGGGAGUUGACCAAACCCAGUGGCUGAUUGAGAUAAAGGCGAGGAAACAUGGAGCUAUAACUCUAUAAACUACCGUAUAAUUCAUCAUUGGUGAGGAGGACGCGCUGUUGAAGAAUAAAGAAAACAGGACCAGCCUGACACUCCAGGAUGAGUCGAAGACGAGCGGACUCCCAGGGUUCCCUGGGGCCAGACGAUGAAGUGGUGCCCUAUAGUGACGACGAGACGGACGAUGAGUUGGACCCGAAUGAGGGGAUGAGUCCAGCAGCCCCUGGCCCUGGCCCUGAGGCCCAGAGCACUGAAUCAAGCUGGAAGGUCAAAGCCAAUGACCCAGAAUUCUGUAAUCGGCCUGAGUUCCAACGAACUGACUUUCUGUGCAUUAAGAAGAGCAAGUACUCCGGAAAUGCCAUUCGGACGUACAAAUACAACGUGAUCACCUUCCUCCCCCUGAAUCUGUACGAGCAGUUCAAGCGGGUAGCAAACCUCUACUUCCUGGCCCUGCUGAUCUUACAGAUCAUUCCUGAAAUCACCACGCUGCCCUGGUACACUACCCUGGUGCCUUUAGUGUUGGUGCUGGGCAUCACUGCCAUCAAAGACCUUGUGGAUGACCUGGCACGCCACAGGAUGGAUAAAGAGAUCAACAACAGGAAGUGUGAAGUGAUGCGGGAUGGCAGGUUUCAGGAAUCUAGGUGGAGACAGAUUGGAGUUGGCGAUGUGGUUCGGUUGAAGAAGAAUGAUUUCAUUCCAGCUGACCUUCUGUUGCUGUCCAGCUCAAACCCCAACAGUCUUUGUUACGUGGAGACGGCUGAGCUUGAUGGGGAGACAAACCUGAAGUUCAAGUUCGGGCGGAAAGUUACAGAUGAAAGGCUCCAGGAGGAAAGUCAGCUGGCUGGCUAUGAUGCUAUGAUCAUAUGUGAGGAGCCAAACAAUCGGCUGGAUAAGUUCCAAGGCACCAUGAACUGGAGGAAUGAACAGUACCCUCUUGACCUCGACAACAUGCUGCUGAGGGGCUGCACAAUCCGCAAUACAGACAUCUGCCACGGCCUGGUCAUCUAUGCAGGUUUUGACACCAAAAUCAUGAAGAAUGGUGGCAAGACGCGCUUCAAGAGGACAAGAAUUGAUCAGCUGAUGAAUUACAUGGUUUACACUAUCUUUCUCAUGUUGAUUCUGGUGUGUGCUGGCCUGGCUAUCGGGCACACAUAUUGGUAUGAAGACAUUGGCAGCAAGGCCUGGUACCUCUUUGAUGGCUUAGACCAGAGCGCCUCCUACAGGGGGUUCCUCAGUUUUUGGGGAUACAUCAUAGUCCUCAACACCAUGGUGCCCAUCUCUCUCUAUGUCAGUGUGGAGGUCAUUCGUCUGGGCCAGAGUAAAUUCAUCAACUGGGACCUCCAAAUGUACUACGCAGAGAAGGACACCCCAGCCAAGGCCCGCACCACCACCCUCAACGAGCAGCUGGGCCAGAUUGAGUACAUCUUCUCAGACAAGACGGGGACUCUCACCCAGAACGUCAUGGCCUUUAAGAGGUGCUGCAUCGGGGGCCGUACCUAUGGGGGCCCCACAAGUGCUGAGGGAGUGACGUUAGACCGUGGCCGGCCUGUGGAUUUCAGCCAGUUUCCUUACGCUGACAAGAAAUUCGAGUUCUUUGACCAUUACCUCAUUUCCUGUAUCCAUUCAAAGAAGGACAAGGAUAUUUUAGAGUUCUUCAAACUGUUGUCCCUCUGUCACACUGUCAUGGUGGAGGAAAAGGAAGGUGAGCUGAUAUAUCAGGCUGCCUCUCCUGACGAAGGUGCUCUUGUGACUGCUGCCCGGAACUUUGGCUUUGUCUUCCUGUCUCGCACCCAGGACACCAUCACCAUCAGUGAGAUGGGCACGGAGGCCACCUAUGAGAUGUUGGCUCUGCUGGACUUCAACAGUGACCGCAAGCGCAUGUCCAUUAUCUUGAGGUUUCCGGAUGGUCGGAUUCGGCUGUACUGCAAAGGGGCGUUGGCUGAUGGUGUUGUAGACAGACUCAUCUCUCUUGGCCAGUGA